UAAAAAAUGGAACAAACAAAUAAAUAAAUAAAUGUUUCUCUCAAGUAAUGAAUAUUUGACGAAAAUAAUUUUUAUCCCCUGUAAUACACGAUCGUAGCACAGAUGGUAAUACCCACACACUGAAAAACGCAUAGUGAAUUUUUAAUGCGUCUCUCGUUAUCUCAAAACACCCAAGAGAAUUAUUACUGAGAUGCAUUACACGCGUUCACCAUCGCCACGUUGAUGACGUAAAGAGUCACAAGCACUGGAAUCUCUUGGAACACGUGAGAUGUGGAAUUUCUAAUACUGAUAGAAUCAUCGGUGGCAAGAAUGCAUCCCUCGGGAUGUAUCCGUGGCUCGUGAGGAUAGGAUAUACGACGGGUGCCUCCAGUGAAAUUACUUAUCGAUGUGGUGGAAGUUUAGUCAGCAAAAUAUACGUCGUCACGGCAGCUCAUUGUGCAGCUCUUUUACCCCCUGGAGUUAAGGUCGCUGCGGUGAGAGUCGGAGAACAUAAUGCCGACACGAAUCCCGAUUGCGAGCUUAAUUACUGCGCGGAUCCUGUCCAAGAUUUGAACAUCGAAAAAAUUGUUGUCAAUGAGAAUUACAAUAAUCCUCAUUUUAAAAACGAUAUCGCCAUCAUCAGACUGAACAAGCCGGUGAUUUACAACGAGAAUGUCAUGCCUAUCUGCAUGCCAUAUGGGGAACUUCUGAGGGAAAAAUUCAUCGGUGAGAAGGCUGAGGUCGCUGGUUGGGGAAUUUACGACAUAGAUCAUCCCCAGGCGAGUACAAUCCUUCAGACAGUUCAAUUGCCAAUCGUUCCUCUGAGUGACUGUGCCCGAGCAUUUCGAAGGAGUGCAUCAGUGGGUGAAGGACAACUGUGCGUCGGUGGAGUUGUUGGUGAGGACUCCUGCGGGGGUGACAGUGGCGGACCUCUCAUGAAAGUUGAGUCACUCGAUGGGCCACCAAAAUACUAUUUCAUCGGUUUAGUAUCAUUUGGAGCUAAAGCUUGUGGACGCACAUCAACCCCAGCAGUUUACACGAGAAUUUCGGAUUAUAUUACAUGGAUUUUGGAUAAUAUUUCGCCCUGAUUUUUAGUUUCAUAUUGUAACGGUGGACUGAAGUCGAGUGGAAUGGAGAUUCAAGUGUAAAAUUAAAUUUAAUAAAUCAUGUAA